AUGUCUUCGGAGAAGCUCUACCGCUCCGUGCCCCACGAGGAGGAGGAGGUCGAGAGCCUCGCCGGGAGCCUCAGCACGGAAUCCACCGAGACCGCGGACGGCAUGACGGCGACAACGACGACGAAAAGCUCGGCAUGGAGGCGGAUGAGGCUCGGCGACGAGCAGCACCCGUGCAGAGACAAGGCCCGCCGGCUGCUGCGGUACUGGCCCUGGGUCGCCCACGCGGUGCUGCUGACGACGUCCGUCACGCUCUUUGCGGCGUCGUUCUGCAUGCGCUACGGCAGCCAUCAGAACGACGAUACCGUCUACACCAAGAAGUACUCAUCCUAUUCCCCCGCGGCGGGAAUUGUCAAGUACCACACCGAGAGGUACAACCUGACGCCCAUCAUGGACUGGUCGCCGUUCGUCGGGGCCGGGUACGAGGUCGACCGGGCGUGGGACCACAUCACGAACAACAUCGGCGACCAGAUGAUCUCGCACGCCGAGCUCACAAGGCUCGGCCUCGACCCGAAAUCGAUCAAGAUCACGAACCCCAUCACGGGCGAGGAGGGCUACCGGGCGGGCCUCGAGGUGUUCCACCAGCUGCACUGCCUCAACCUGCUGCGCAUGUCGACGUUCCCGGAAUACUACUCGGACGCGGAGGUCGGCGGCGACGUGGCCACGGACCCCGAGGAUCUUCGAGGACACGUCGACCACUGCAUCGAGGCGUUGCGGCUGAACCUCAUGUGCCAGGCCGACAUUGGCGUCUUCACCUUCAAGAUGUACCCGGAGCUCCCCGUCGAGGGCCACUGGCCCGAUUUCAGCACGCUGCACACCUGCCGCAACUUCGACGACAUCCGAAACUGGGCGCUGACCCAUUCGGUGACGUUUGAGGACGAGGAGUAG